AUGGCGGCAUUGGACGGUGCACUAUUUGAGUUGCCAAGGUUGCGGGUUUCUUUUGGGUUUGAGAAUGACACCCGGUUUCUAGGUCACGAUGACAAUGUAGCAGAGUUUUUCGACGUCAAAUUCUGUCCCUAUCAACCAUUGGACCGUGAUCCGGUGUUCGCGGCCGUCAGCAAGAAACACAUUGUUGUUUGCAAGCUGUCCCAAAACAGUGGUGAAUCAAACCCUUGCGAAGUCAUAAACAUCAUACGCGAUGAAGAUGACGAAGCAACCGGUUGUUGCUGCACCUGGACAAAAGAUCCUGUUUCCGGCACCCCGUACAUUUGCGUUGGGGGUGUUGAUGCAAAGGUCAAGAUUUAUGACGUCUCAGACGGAAGACUGGUCGAGUGCUUCGUCGGACACGGAGGAGACGUCAAUGAUCUAGCUACAUCACCUGUGAACUCGUCCAUUAUUGCUUCGGCUUCGGACGACACCAGUGUCCGCCUAUGGAGUCUCGAUCCUAUCCAUAAGGAACAGCCCUGCCUCUGUAUUCUCGCGGGUGAAGGUCAUUCCUGGAAUCUACUAUCCGUCGCCUUCCAUGAUUCUGGUCGAUACAUUCUUUCCGCCGGACAUGACCAAAUAAUCAACCUGUGGACUGUCCCAGACUUGCCCACAGACGCCAUUACAACCCCUCUUCAGGUUCAUUAUCCUCAUUUUUCCACGUCCGCGGUCCACAGUGGAAUAGUUGACUGCAUCGCUUUCUAUGGAGAUUGCAUACUCUCCCGAGCCUGUCAUGACAAUGUUAUUGUGCUCUGGAGGAUUGAAGGAUUCUCUUCAGAUGGGCCGAUGCCACCACAGAGUGCAGCACCGACGCCACAAAACGUGGGCCCGACAAGCUACGAGGACCCAGGCCGCUUUACCAGGUCUGCAUUCGUGCCCGUCACGUCACCGCAAUGCCCCUCGCAAUACACGAGGUUGUUGGAGUUCCAUACACCCAACUGCGGGCCACAGUUCUUUAUGAGGUUCAAGCUUCUUCAUGUGCCCGACCUGAAUCCGGUAUUGGCCUUUUGUAAUGCUGCGGGGAAUAUAUUUUUCUGGGAUCUUCGCCGCCUCACGGUUUACCGGGAUGUGAUGGCAGCUCGGCUUGAUCCCCACCGUUAUAGGUCAAAGCCUGUUCAGCAUCCUAGUUGGCUGAAGCCAGUCAUCCCACGCCAGAGGGUAGAUGCGGCUGGCAGGGUCAAAGGCGUGGGAAGUGACAGAGAAUCACCAGCAUCCGGUCAAACCUGCGCUCCAGAAACAGGAGAGUUUUCUGCAGAAACCCUGGAGUCGUGGGCGUCGAGGUAUAGUAUGGAAGAUCCACACGAACCGCUUCGGGCUCACCGGACAGAGUCGUCAUCGGCGAACUUCGUAGGGAGACAGGCGGCGUGGAGUCCGGGGGGGGAAUGGUGCGUCGUGGUCGGAAGCUCAAACACGACUUUGGUCCUGCAGCGCUGGGCCCACAAGAUGCCUUCUCGGACGCUUUCAAGCCGACAAGCAUCGAGAUCUCAAUCCAGCUAG